ACAUAACACAAUAAUAGUUUCCCCUUAAUAAUAUUUCUAACACAAAGCUACCUAAGAACUAAAAAGUUCGAUCCAUAGAUUCCACACAGCGUACAAUUACAGAAGAAGAAGCAAUACCCAUUUUCGAACAAGGGUUUUUGAAGGGGUUACAGUUACAUUCGGAGAGAGAAACUUAGGAGAGAGAUAACAAUGGUGAGAAGGACGAGCAGAGCUGCAGAGGAUGCAGAUGACCUCACUCAUGUCCCUUUACAAGCUAUUCUUCUGGCCGAUAGUUUCGCCACCAAAUUCCGCCCUAUUACCCUCGAACGCCCCAAGGUACUCCUACCUUUGGUUGGCAUUCCGAUGAUAGACUACUCCUUGGAAUGGCUGGAAUCAGCUGGGGUGGAAGAAGUUUUCGUGUUUUGUUGUGCCCAUUCAAAGCAAGUGAUUCAACACUUGGCGAAGUCCCAGUGGUUGAAAAAUCCGGACAUGGCAGUGACAACCAUCGAGUCACACAAUUCAAUCAGUGCUGGAGAUGCCAUGCGCGUGAUAUAUGAACGCAAUGUGAUACACGGAGAUUUUGUUCUUGUUACUGGGGACACAGUAAGCAACAUGUCACUGGCAGAGGCACUUCAGGAACACAAAGACAGGAGGAAGAAAGAUAGUAAUGCUGUGAUGACUAUGGUCGUUAAAAAAUCGAAGCCCUCACCAAUUACCCACCAAUCACGACUGGGCACAGACGAGCUGUUCGUGGCAAUUAACCCAGAUACAAAACAGCUAUUGUCUUAUGAGGAUAACGCAAACCCUAUUGACAAGUCAUUGCUGAGUGAUAACUCCUCAAUUUCUUUGCGUAAUAACAUGCAGGACUGCUACAUUGAUAUAUGUGCCCCAGAAGUCCUCAGUCUUUUCACAGACAAUUUUGAUUAUCAGCAUCUUCGUCGUGAUUUUCUGAAGGGACUACUCGUAGAUGAGAUUACGGAUUACAAAAUUUAUACUCAUGAAAUUCAUUCAAGUUAUGCGGCUAAAGUUGAGAAUUUCAGAAGCUAUGAUACCAUCAGUAAAGAUAUAAUUCACAGAUGGACUUACCCCCUGGUACCUGACGUCCAAUAUUUUGGAAGUUCUGCGGUGAAACUUGGAAGACAAGGAGUGUACAGCGCAUCAGAUAUAGGUUUAUCGAGUAAUGCCCAAAUUGGUCCCUUUACCCUUAUUGGUAAGGGAACCUCUGUUGGCAGCAACAGUAAAGUUUCAAACUCAAUCAUUGGGGAAGGGUGCAAGAUUGGCUCAAAUGUUUCAAUAGAAGGUUCGCAUAUCUGGAAUAACGUAACAAUUGAAGAUGGCUGUAAACUAAAGCAUGCAAUUUUAUGUGAUGGGGUGGUCAUGAAGGCUAGAGCAGUUCUGGAACCUGGUGUCAUCUUGUCAUUUAAGGUUGUUAUUGGGAAAGACUUUGUAGUUCCUGCGUACUCUAAGGUCUCAUUGUAUGAACAACCAAUUUUUCAAGAUAGUGACGAAGAGUUGGAAUACGCAGACAGCAGCAAUGGAAUGGCAGAAAUUUCGUCGAUCAGUGCUUCAACAGGAAUGCCAGAUGGGGAGUUAGUAUCCAGAGCUGCUGAAGCUUCCGAGGUUGGCGCUGAUGGUGCUGGUUACAUCUGGUCAGUUUUUGAAGGACGUGAAGAAGAAUGGCGACAUUCUGUUGCACCUAUAUCUGAAGACAAGUUAGCUGAGCUCUUGCAAGCUGCUGAUGACGUCUUGGAUGUGCCUCAUGUAGAGAACCAUCAGCAUUCUGAAGAGUUGGUUGCACCUAGUAUUGAUCCUGAAAAUCUUACUGACGAUAACAUAGACGAGUUUGAAAAAGAGGUUGAAGCAACUUUCCAAAGAGCUGUGCAAGAAAAUAUCAAGGAUGACAAUGUGGUAUUGGAAGUAAAUUCGCUGCGUUUAUCAUACAAUAUGGCUGCUGCAGAUUGUGCCGGGGCACUAUUCUAUUCAGUGAUGAAAUUGGCUGUAGAAACACCACACAGUUCAAUUAGCGAACUCUUACACAAUGUGACCAGAUUGAUCAGAAAAUGGGCGAAGCUUUUGAAGUACUAUCUAUCAUCCAUAGAUGAAGAGAUUGAAGUGAUACUAAAGUUUGAAGAAAUGUGUACGGAGUCCACCAAGGAACUGUCUCCUUUAUUUACUAAGGUUUUACAAUUUCUUUACGAGGACGUUGAUCUCAUCCAAGAAGAAGCAAUACUAUCUUGGGAAUCCGAAAAAAUGGGAGCAGAUGAAGUAGACAGAGUAUUCUUGAAGCAAGCUGAACCAUUCAUUCAAUGGCUAAAAACCGCACAGGAAGAGGAUUCCGAGGAAGAGGAAUGAGUCAUACAAAGUUGUUGAUAGUGCGGCUAACAUACACUUGAAGUCUGCUUGAUAUUCUUGUUACUGAAUAUUGCAUGUUAAAUUUUGAAGUGGAUAAAAUAAUCCAGUUUUGUAUAAUUUUUUGCAAGGAUAUUUUGGUAACAGAAGUAUAUGCUAUUUAGUUA